AUGACUGACGUAAAGGACCUGGUGGCCUUUCUGAAAGCUGGAGGAGGAGUGCUGAUAGCAGGGCAGGCAUGGAACUGGGCUGCAAAUCACCCCAAGGAGAACACGCUGCUUCAGUUUGAAGGGAACAAGGUUUCUGGUGUGGCAGGGAUCUACUUCUCUGAGCGCUAUGGAAAAGACAGUGAAGCCAGUGGUGGAGCUCCAGCUGAGGAGAGGACAGAGCCAGAGUUGCAGGACUUGGCCCUGUCUGGAGACCACAGCCCUGAACCACCAUCCCAACAGGACUCUUUGAGGGGCCGCCACUUCCACCUGUCCUCGCUGGUGGGCAGCAGAAAGCAUGUCGGUGUGAAGAGCGCCAGUCCCAUCAGCCCUGAACCUGAAGAGGAGGUAGCAGAGGAGUUAAAUGAGGUGGUAGAGGAGGAGCAGGAGGGAGGAGUGUUGGAACACAAGGAUGUUCAGGGAGAGAAGGGAGGGGAUGAAGGAGGAGGGGAAGCAGAAGAGGGAAGGACGGAGGAGAAGGGUGAGGAAGCAGAUGAGACAAAAAGCAAAGAAGAGGGGGGUGAGAUGGAGGAAGAGCAGGGAGGAAUUAAAGGGUUGAUAGAAAGCAAGAAAGAAGAGGAGGAGAAAGAUGAAGGGGGUGGUGGAGUGUCAGAAAACAUGGAACAUGUUGAGAAGCAGGAGAGCACUGAAAGAGAGGAAAAUGGCAGUGAUGAGGAAGUAGAAAGCAGCCAGCAGGAUGAGACCAAAGACAGAGAAGAGAAAGUGGAGAGUGAUGAGGCUGCGGAGAGUUUAAUGGAGGAGAAAGAAGAGGUGAACGAGAAGGCGCAAGUAGAAGAGGGGAAACAGGACUUUGAGGAAGGUAGCGAGGAAGUUGUGGAGAAAUGCUUCCAAAGUGAUCAAGAUGAAGGGAGCGAUGAGGAAGACAAAAAUGACAAAGAAAGAGAUGAGCUUGAGAGAAGCAUAGACGACGAUGAAGAAGAAGAAGAGCAGAAUGAGAGUUACGAAGAGGAGGUAGAGAUAAAUAUCGAAAGAGAGCAAGAGAAGGAACAAGCAGAGGAGGAGGAGGAAGAGGAGGGUGAGAGCGAGGAUGCUUUGGAGAGAUGCUCCCUGAGCCAAAGGAGACUGACAGAGAGUGAUGAGGAAGUGUUAGAGAGAUGUGUACAGAGCGAAGGAGGAGAAACGGAGGAAUCAGAUGCCCAGAAGCCCCGAACUGCAUCAGAGAGUGAGGAGGAACUCGUCGAGGUUUUUGAGACUGGGGCCAAGCUAGGCAAGAAGACGAUGCUGCGUGACCUUAAAACGCUUGACCAAAAGAGAAAAACUCUUGAAAAGAGGAAGAAUGUGACAAAAAAAUGUCCCCUUCCUGCAGAGGAGUCGGAGGGCAGUAAGAACAUUGAGGAGAGUUCUUCCUCCAUAGAUGUCAAGCUGUCGGAGAAGGUUCUGGACGUCAACGACCUUUCCGGCACUGUCAGCCCACUGAAGAAAGAUGACAAAGAGGGAACAAAAGAAGAAGAGGAGAAUGAGGACGGGGCAAAGACAAAAAAGGCAGAGGCUGCCAAGAGACAUUUGCAGGCUGCUGGCAAAGACAAACCUCCAGCUCCGAAAGUUGACCGACUCGUCCUUCACCAGUCCAGCCCUUCUCCCUCCCUCUCCAGCCCGUCCCACUCAGAGCAAGGUGCCAGACUCCAACUAAAAACCGAAGAUCUCGGCAUGUUGCUGGGGCUACAGAGGCCAGAAACCUCCAGAGGCCGGCUGGUCCGCGCUGCCAACACCCAUCUUGAAGAUGCUGAAUCCCCUUUAAAAAACCAAGAGAGCUCUCUGGAAGAUGAGCCAAGCUGGAGAAUCCGAAAAGACGGAGAGAAGAAAGAGUGUGAGAGAGAAGAGCGGGAAGAGAGGAAGAGGGCAGAGAGAGAGGAACGGAGUCUGAGAGAGAGGAAGGAGGAGAUGGAAAUGGAGAGGAGGAAGGCUGAUCGAGAGGUGGAGGAGGAGAGGGAGCAUCUGGUGAAGGAGAAGGAGAAGAGAAUGCGUCUCCUGCGGGAGGAGCUGAGGAGAGGAGAGGAGGAGGAUGAGAGGAAGCUGAAGGAGGAGAGCGAGGAAAGACUGAGGGCUCUGCGGCAGCGUCUCCUGACGAAGAGGAGAGAGGAAGAGGCCAGGCUGAACGAGGAGUCUGAUAUGACGCUGGAGGAACUCAGAGAGUCUGCCCAGGGGGAGAGGGAGAGAAAGCAAAACAAACUCAGGGAGGAGAGUGAAAUCAUGCUGAAGGAGUUACGCAUCACUCUCGAGGAAGAACGAGUAGCGGAGCGCGACAGACUGGAGGCCCAGAAGAGGCAGGACAUCGAACGUCUGAAAGCCGAGUCGGAAGAGGAGCUGCAAGCAGAGAAGAGGAGACUCCAGGGAGAGAGGGAGGAGAAGCUGAAUUCUCUGAAACAGGAGGCCAAAGUCACAGAGAGGAGGAAGGAGCUCAUAAGUCCACGACCUGAACACCAACUGGCAGAGUACCACCGAGAGCUGGCUGAUGUUCUUCAGGAAGUGCGGGAGGAAGUGCAGCGCGAUCACGAGAGGAAGCUGGACCAGCUGAAGGAGGACCACAGGAGGGAGAUGAACAACAUCAGAGAGAAAUACCUGGACGAGGAGACUGCACAGAGGGAGCGCUUGCUUUCUACUCUGCAGGAGGACAGAGAGCGUCUCCAGGCCUCGCAUGCCGUCCAACUGGAGAAACUCCGCUUUCAGCUCGACACACAGAUACAAAAGACACAGCUGACACACUCCCGCAAGGAGUCAGAACUGCAGGAUCUCGCAGAUCAGAUAGAGCUGAGAGCCAAAGAGCUGAAGAGCCAGGAGGCCAUACUCCAGACCAAGGCAGCAGAUCUGAAGAGGAGGAGGAAGAAACUUGGGGAGGAAGAGGACGAAGUGGACAGACAGUUAGAGGUUUUACCCCGGCUGAUCCAGGAGAGGGAUCAGCUAAAGGAGGAGUUGGAGAGGAUGAGAGAGGAGAAGCAUCAAGCCAGAGAACUAAUCCAGAGAGCGAGGGAGGAGAGGAGUGAGGCCAAGGAGGAGGGGGAAAGGCUGAGAGAGGAGAGAGACGAAGCCAGGGAAGAGAGCAGGAGAGCCAAGGAGGGCAAGGAACGACUGGAGAGCAAGGUGGCGCUGCUGCAGGAGAGAUGCGACCGUCUCAGUUGCAGAGUCAGUGAGCUGGAACAAGGCGAAGGAGUGAGUGCCUCCCCCAGACCAGAACCUAAACAGGAGAAAAAGAGGACAGUGAAAGCAGAGGUGACGGCCCCCUCCAGUGACAGGAAAGACUUACCGCUACAUGUAGAAGACCUGGAUGACCCCCCACUCUCCCCUGUACCUGACAGCCACAGCAGCAUGGAUGAGUUCCGACGCUACAUCUCCUCACAUGGCGCAUCCAUCCAAAAAACCAAAGUCUUUCUGGAGAAGGAGAGCAGUCGGCUGAUGGAGAGGCAGGCAGCUCUGUGGGCGGCUCAGACGAGCUCCUCCCAGGUCCCCAGCCAGGAAGGAGGGGUGACCGAGGAGAUGAUCAGAAACAUCCAGGAGGAGGCCAGAAAUGUGGUGGAGCUGCAGCGGGCGGUUCAGAGAGGAAACACUCUCCUGCGGAGGAAAGAGGAGCAGCUGCAGCAGCUAGAGAGCUCUAUAGCUGAAGAGCCGCUGUUUGAGGAUCUGUCCCGGCUGGCAGGAGAAAGGAAGGUGACCUUUGAUGUGACUGAGUCUGACCUCAGCAGCACUGCGGAGCCACCAGAUGGGACAGGGGGUCAUCCGACUGUCCCAGACAAAGUCCAGGAGCUAGCAGAGUCCCUGCAGCAGAUCUCAGGCCAGCUUAACACCGUCCUGAGUGCGUUGGGUUCACUGGCCCAGAGGCAGAGCACCGAAGCCUAUGCAGCCUUCAAUCUGCCUCACUCCAGCCAAGCUCCUACCUCCGCCACCUCCACCUCUGCCCCAGUCAUGCCCCAGAUGCACACCCUGGGUCCCAGCUCCUCAGCCCCACCUCCCCCAGUAAGGCUCUCAGAGCCAUCCUGGAACUGGGCACCCCAAGGCACCUCCGCAGCCACUCCUUUCUUCAGUACCCCCAUCAGCAAUGGGCUGAGGGCCUCUGAGGACCUCAUCAACAGCCGAUGGAGCCAGAUAUUCCCCAGAGCAGCUAUGGACCCAAUCGCCACCAGCACCAUGAGGACAAGCUCAGCUUACUCAUCAUACACUCCUGCUAGUGAACAUGGUCGCAGCCUGCGGUCCAUGCAGAAGUCAGUGGAGGUAGACGGCCAGAGGCUGCAGGGGCUGAUCGACGGCAACAAGAGGUGGCUGGAGAUGCGCAAGAAAGACACCAGCAUACCACUGUUCACUCGCUACCAGGCUCCUCCAACAAAGAGCAACCUGGUCCAGCUGGGCCUGGACGAUAACAACCAGAUCAGAGUCUAUCAUUACUGAGGACAUGACGCACAGUUCAGUCUUGCUGUACCGUGACUGAGUCAGAGGACUUUGCAUUAUUAAUGACCGUGUUGUGACGUUUACACGCAGGGCCUCAUGUGAGAGUCCUGCGCCCUUCUUUGAUUCAUACUUUUUUCAAGCCUUCAGUUUAAAGGUUUUCAGGGAAAGUCCGACCUCCUCUGCUGUGAUUGGAGGAAGAGAUGACUGCACAGGACAUGGCAGUUCAGGGUUCAUUGAGGCCUGAGGACUUUCCUCCUCCAACAUAAGAUAUAACUGUGAGCAACAGGAGACUUAUUUCAAGCACUUCAAGGUCAAGUUUACAGAUUAGAGCUCUGUGCCAGACUUGGGCCACACAGUUUUUUUAAAUGGUCUAGUUUACUUUGAUGUCAGAUGGGAAAGGGCUGCUUCAUACAGAUAAUCACAGAGAAGUAUCCAAAGGUUUAAAUAUUGUAAUUACUUUUUUUCUUUUACUGAAAACUUCCCAGACAUGUGACUUGAAUCCAUUUGCUGCUGCAGGCAGGGCGUAACACGGUGCUUUACAGCUGCACAUAGGUCAAGCUUUAUUUCAUGACAGGUUACAUGUGUAUUUAUGCCACUGGCUGUGUAAGUGACUUGUGUGUGAACUGUGUUUUUACAUAAUUCAGUUUGGUUUUGCUUUGAGUGAGUAGAGUGAGAAUCACUGAUUUUGUAAAAGUGAAGUCAAUCCACUUAUUUUACAUCACUUUUCCUUAUUCCACAGCAGUUGGCAGCGAGCUGUUGAUGAGUGUGUGAACUUUUAACAUGUGCAGGCAAAGAGGAAAAAAAGUGUGUAGGGUUUGUAAAUAAACACUGUAUUUUUCUAUAAAAUAUUUUAAUAAAU